GGUAUAUCGUCACUUCCGCUCAGCAUCUACGCCACUUCCGCUAGCUGUAACACCGCGCCACCGGAGAAAGCCGCCGAUAAACAACCGCGUCUCCACACCGACGGUCCUUUGUUCGUCUCAGCAGCAGCUAACCCGCACACACAGCAUGGCGGACAAGAUGAGCAUGUCUCUGGACGACAUCAUCAAGCUCAACAAGAAGGGAGGCGGAGGAGGACGAGCGUCCGGCGGACAGGCGGGAGGCUCAGGGCGGGCCGGAGGGGCGGCCAGGCCGGCCAGGACCAGACAGAACAACUUCACCCGGGACAGGAACACCCGGUCCACCCCCUACACCCGGCCCAGAGAGUUACCAGACAAAUGGCAGCAUGACAUGUUUGAGGAGCAUGCUGGGGGACACAGAGGACAAAGUGCAGUAGCAGAAAGAAGUGUAGAAAACAAUGGCAAGCUGCUGGUUUCCAAUCUCGAAUUUGGCGUCUCUGACUUGGAUAUCAAGGAAUUGUUUGCAGAGUUUGGGAACUUACAGAAAGCAUCUGUACACUAUGACCGGUCUGGUCGCAGUAAAGGAACGGCAGAUGUCCACUUUGAAACAAAGGCAGAAGCACUCAAAGCCAUGAAGCACUAUAACGGUGUGCCACUUGAUGGCCGUCCCAUGAAAAUCCAGCAAGUGACUUCAGAAGUCGACACUGAGAGUAGACCUUCUUCACAAAGUUCAAACAGAGGGUUUGACCGCAGCAGGCUUGGACAGCCCAAGUUUGAAAGGAGUGAACGGAGUGAUAGGGGUGAAAGGAGUGAACGUGGUGAACGGCGGCAACGUGGUGGCAGCGGAGGCUUCAGAGGUCGUGGAAGAGGAGGUGGAAACAGACCUCAACUUUCAGCAGAGGAGCUUGAUGCCCAAUUGGAUGCUUACAAUGCCAAGAUGGACACCAGUUAGAAGCGCUCAGAAUGGAUGAUACUUCUAUCCCCUUUUUUAUUUUUUCUUUAAAUCUCAAUUGGAUAGGAUUUAAUGGACUUUAUGACCAUUUUGUUGCUUUUUUAAAAAAAACAAAAAAACCAUUUUUAUUGUAAGGACCAUUAUAUUCUGUUUUUAAAAUUUCUCUUUUUUUUUUUUUUUUUAAACCAUGCUUCGGUUUUAUGAUUUGGGGAUUUUUUUUUCUCCUGUUCAACCGGCUCUUGUGCUUUUUUCCACAUGCAUGGACAACUGCAACAUGAUCUUUUUUUUAAAAUCACAUAAACAUGAUUCAGUGGUUUGACAGACUGUAAUGUAAUGGUAAAAAUGUUAAUGAAAUCCAGUUCUGUCAUUUGGUACUGUAUACAUUGAACAUAUUUCAAAAGGGUUUUGUACAUAAAUAAUUAUAUGGAAUCAUCUUUCUGUUUGUUUAUUUUGAGAUUUCUCUUUUUGUUGCUCUUCACUGUGACAGUUGCUGCCUUUUUUUUAAACAAAAUGAAUGAAAACCAAAUGAAACAAAGUUGU